AUGCAUAAUCUAUACCUUGGAACAGCAAAGAAAAUGAUCGAGCUUUGGAUUGAAAGAGGGAUUUUGACAGACGAAAAACUGCGUGAAAUCCAAAAGAGGGUCGACAGUACAGAAGUUUCAAGUGACUUGGGCCGAAUACCCACUAAGAUAGCCUCAAGUUUUGGGGGAUUCACGGCAGAUCAGUGGAAAGAUUGGACAAAUUUUUUCAGUAUAAGUGCAUUACAUGGACUAAUACCAGAGAAAGAUUUAAAAUGCUGGCGCUUAUUUGUUCAUGCUUCUCGUUUAGUUACAACUCGAGUCAUUCGAUUGAAUGAAGUCUUAAAAGCCGAUGAACGUUUACUUAACUUUUGCAAAUGCAUUGAAAGUCUAUAUGGCCCAGAAGUUGUUACACCCAACAUGCACUUGCACUGUCAUUUAAAGGAGUGCAUUAUUGACUAUGGACCUGUAUUUUCUUUCUGGUGCUUCAGUUUUGAAAGAUAUAAUGGCAUCUUGGGAAAAUAUCCCACAAACCAACGCUCAGUCGAAAUUCAGUUAAUGAGAAAGUUCCUGAAAGACAAUGACAUUUUGCAGACACAAGACAAUUGUACGCAUCAGGAAUACAUAGAGCUACAGAAAAUUAUCGGAAAAGACAACAACGAAGAAAGAGGAUCACUAUUUGAGACAAGCAUCGAUCCCGUGCAGGCUCUCUCAGUUUUACAAUUUGCAUCGGCCCCAAUUAACCUAACAAAAGAUUGGCAGUGCAAAGAUGGAAUGUAUGUGCUACGGCCUCCUCGACAAAUGAAAAUAUUUAGUUCAUUAGAAUUCAAAUACAUUAAAGCAGUGUAUCACUUACUAUAUCCGCAACUCAAAGAACCUGAUAACGAUGUUGAUAUUCCACAAGCAUAUUCACGUUUCAAGUCAGUCUCAUUUGCAGGGGAGAGUUUUGGUUCUGAGCUUACUAAAAGUGAGAGAUCAUCCCUUGUCAUUGCUUCUUGGGUCGGAAUGGAUGGAAACAUUGCAUGCGAUUCGCAUCCUCGGCCAGGGAGAGUUCACUACUAUGUCUUGCACAAUAUAUUUGAUGCCGAMGGAAACUUUAUGCCUCACAUAUUUGCUAAAGUUAGUUGGUUGCAAGCUGUUGAUGAAGACGUUAAACACCACUSUGGUUAUCCAGUAGAAUUGUGGUGUAAGUGUUUAUAUGAAAUCGAUGGACCUGCAAGCUUCAUUCCGAUACAACGUAUUCAAUGCAAGGGCAUAGGCACUGCUUACUCAUACAAACGCGAGCAGCUUCUUGCUGUCACAUCAAAAGGAAGGUGUCUCAAUCUUUAGAACGCAGAAGGAAACCUUUUUCCUUCCACUUUAGAAAAUCUAUGCUUAAUUAAAGAAAUAUUAGAGACAUGGAUGAUUAUUCUU